UUUAUUCUGCUGGUUCUCCUGCUGGAUCUCCUGCUGAGUGGUCAUGUUGGGGAGAACAGGAACCUUCAGUGGAUGUUGCAGGUUCGAGCUCCAGCAGUGCCGCUCCCUCUCCUCCUCCCCCCCCUCUGACCUCUCCAGACUCCAUUACCCAGAAGGCAGUGGGAGCAGGAGGUACAGGGUGGGGCAGGAGGCAGGACAGAUGAGCUCAGGUCAGAUCAACAGGAUCCUGAAGGCCAACGAAUACAGCCACACCCUCCCCAGAGGCCCUGCCUCCCACGGUAUCCUGGGUUUCCAUAGCAACAUGUUGCCAUCCAACCACCCUGGGGAGGACCGCCGCAGCAGCGCCACCUGCCUGCCGGGCCGCGGAGGCGUCCUUCUUGGUGUGUUCGACGGCCACGCGGGCCCGGCGUGCGCCCACACCGUCAGCCAGAGGCUCUUCUACUACAUCGCUGUGGCAACGCUGCCGCUGAGGACACUGGCGGAGAUCGAACGGGCAGUGGAGGAGGAACGGGCCGUACCGCCACUGCUGGAGUGGCACAAACACCCCCAGGAUCACAGCUGCCCCGACGGAGGAGCAACCUCCUUCCACAGCCUCCGACACUACUGGCAGGAGAGGCUGGAGGACGAAGACCAGGAGGAGGAGCAGGAGGAGGAUGGCGGCAGGGUGACAUCGGCAUUGGUGAACGCUUUCCGUCGCCUCGACUACGACCUGUCUGUGGAGGCCCAGGUCCACCUGUCAAUGUCCUCACCCAGACGGGUGUCUCUCCCUGGGGAGGGGUUGUCUCUGUCCUCCCCCCUCCGGGUGGCGCUGUCCGGCUGUACUGCUUGUGUCGCUCACAUCUCCAAUGGUGUCCUGCAUGUGGCCAAUCUGGGCGACAGUCGGGCUGUUCUGGGCGUCCAGGAGCCAGAUGGGCGUUUUUCAGCAUUCAGCCUCACCAACGACCACAAUGCACAGAACCCUGAUGAGCUUCAAAGGAUCCUGGGGGAACACCCGCCGUCAGAGAGCAGGACUGUGGUCCGCCACGACCGCCUGCUGGGUCUGCUGCUGCCGUUCAGGGCAUUUGGAGAUGUCCGCUUCAAAUGGAGCCCAGAGAUGCUGAGCCGAGUCUAUGAAACCCGACCGGACGUCCUGUCUGUGGUCAGCGAGGCCGUCCGAACACCACCGCCCCACUACCUGACCCCGCCGUACCUGAGCGCCCAACCAGAGGUCACCCAACACCGUAUCAGACCUGCUGACAAGUUCCUGGUCCUGGCAACUGACGGACUCUGGGAGCUGAUGCAUCGACAGACGGUGGUCCAGCUGGUGGGGGAACAACUGACAGGUCUUCAGCAGCAGAGACCCAUAAUUCCUUGCUUGGGCAUGACACUGAGUGGCCUGCAGCGCCUCCUGCUGGAGAGGAGGGGGAGGGUUAUGUCGGUGCUGGAGGACCAGAACACCGCCACCCACCUGCUCCGUCACGCUCUGGGGGAUGAUGGAUAUGGAGCAGUGGCUCCAAACCGCCUGGCGAAGAUGCUGAGUCUGCCAGCAGAGCUGGCGAGGCGAUACCGUGACGACAUCACCAUCACCGUGAUACACCUGAAUGAGCCUGACUUCUAACCACACCUGAAAGUUUACCUGCUCAUUGACCAAGUGACAAAUCAACUUGUUUUUACUCUGAACUUUGUUACAUUUCUCCUCUUAAAUAAAAUAAACAUCAUGUUUCUUCCUCCAAAUCAGGUGUUUCUAUUUUUUUGUCCAAACAUCAGUCUGAGAUGAAACUGUUCUCAGAUCAGUGGAAAAAUAUUUACAUGUAAUAUUGAUUUGUAUUUCAAUUUUUGUAGUUUAGUCUGUAAAUCGUUUAUUGUUCAGGUCAUGAUCAGUAUUUAAUAUGUAGAAUUUAUUUAUUAACACAAACGAAAAUAAAUAAAUAUCAAACCAUUC